CUUCAUCUCUCGGGCAAAACAAACUUUACUAAGAGUAGUGAAGUUAAUUUAGAGGUGGCAGCAGCUUACACAGUAAGUGCUGCUACCUGAACAAACACUAUAGUUUGCUCCGCGACUUCUCUCAUGGCACCCGGUGCACCUAUAGAGGCCUUUGCUUCUCCAUGCGCAGGAGCGAAGCAACUGUCUGUAGGCGUUAACGGGAAACAGAAAGGAGCGUACGUGACGUUUCUUGCAGGGAAUGGGGACUAUGUGAAGGGAGUGGUAGGGCUGGCGAAGGGGCUGAGGAAGGUGAAGAGUGUGCAUCCUUUGGUGGUGGCGGUGCUUCCAGAUGUGCCUGAGGAGCACAGGGAGAUAUUGAGAGGCCAAGGGUGUGUCGUGAGGGAGAUUGAGCCUGUUUACCCGCCGGAGAAUCAGAUACAGUUUGCCAUGGCUUAUUACGUUAUCAACUACUCUAAGCUCCGCAUAUGGAACUUUGAAGAGUACAACAAGAUGAUAUAUUUGGACGCCGACAUCCAAGUAUAUGAGAACAUAGAUCACCUCUUCGACACACCCGAUGGACACUUCUACGCAGUGAUGGACUGCUUCUGUGAGAAAACAUGGAGCCACUCUCGCCAGUACUCCGUCGGAUACUGUCAACAAUGUCCCGAGAAGGUUGCUUGGCCUGCGGACAUGGGAUCUCCUCCUCCCCUCUAUUUUAAUGCAGGGAUGUUCGUGUUUGAGCCCAGUGGAUUAACUUGUGCUUCCCUCCUCGAGACUCUGAAGAUCACUCCCCCUACCCCGUUUGCUGAGCAGGAUUUCUUGAACAUGUUCUUUGAGAAAAUCUACAAGCCAAUCCCUCUAGUUUACAACUUGGUCCUAGCCAUGCUUUGGCGCCACCCGGAGAACGUUGAGCUCGACAAAGUUAAAGUCGUUCACUACUGUGCAGCGGGAUCAAAACCAUGGAGGUACACUGGCAAAGAGGUGAACAUGGACAGGGACGAUAUCAAGAUGCUUGUCGCAAAAUGGUGGGAUAUCUACAACGACGAGUCGCUCGAUUUCAUGGCAAACAUUGAUCAUGAAUCUCACGAGGGAGAGUCAAACUUUAUGAAGAUGCAUUCUUCGAUGAUGGCUACCAUGUUCGAACCGAAAGUCACAUACAUUUCUGCACCAUCAGCAGCCUGAUACUUACUGUAUAACAAGAAAGACAUAGUAUUGAUGAAUUUAUACUAGAGUGUAAGUGCCUUUUCUCAUGACUCUCUAAGGUCAGAUUAAUUUGUAAGCGACUUUGCUGUAAAAAGAUGUGGCCACAUUCUCAAUUAAAUUAUCUAUUACAUA